AUGGCGCAGAAAGAUCAGCUGGACCGAGAAACACUCAGCUGUUCGAUCUGUCUGGAUCUACUGAAGGAUCCGGUGACUAUUCCCUGUGGACACAGCUACUGUAUGAGCUGUAUUAAAGGAUUCUGGGAUGGAGAGGAUCAGAGGAAGAUCUACAGCUGCCCUCAGUGCAGAGAGGCCUUCACACCGAGGCCUGUCCUGAAGAAAAACACCAUGUUAGCAGCUUUAGUGGAGCAGCUGAAGAAGACUGGACUCCAAGCUGCUCCUGCUGAUCACUGCUAUGCUGGACCUGAAGAUGUGGCCUGUGAUGUCUGCACUGGGAGGAAGCUGAAAGCCUUCAAGUCCUGUCUGGUGUGUCUGGCCUCUUACUGUGAGAAUCACCUCCAGUCUCACUAUGAAUCACCUCCAUUAAAGAAACACAAGCUGGUGGAGCCCUCCAAGAAGCUCCAGGAGAACAUCUGCUCUCGUCAUGAUGAGGUGAUGAAGAUAUUCUGCCGUACAGAUAAGAAGUGUAUCUGUUAUCUGUGCACUAUGGAGGAUCAUAAAGGCCACGACACAGUCCCAGCUGCAGCAGAAAGGACUGAGAGGCAGAGAGAGCUCGAGGUGAGUCGACUAAACAUCCAGCAGAGAAUCCAGGACAGAGAGAAAGAUGUGAAGCUGCUCCAACAGGAGGUGGAGGCCGUCAGUCUCUCUGCUGAUAAAGCAGUGGAGGACAGUGAGAAGAUCUUCACUCAGCUGAUCCGUCUCCUCCAGAAAAGAAGCUCUGAUGUGAAGCAGCAGAUCAGAUCCCAGCAGGAAACUGAAGUGAGUCGAGUCAAAGAGCUUCAGGAGAAGCUGCAGCAGGAGAUCACUGAGCUGAAGAGGAAGGACGCUGAACUGAAGCAGCUCUCACACACAGAGGAUCACAACCAGUUUCUACACAACUACCCCUCAGUGUCACAACUCAGUGAACCUACAGACUCAUCCAGCAUCAAUAUCCGUCCUCUGAGAUACUUUGAGGAUGUGACAGCAGCUGUGUCAGAGCUCAGAGAUAAACUACAGGACAUCCUGAGGGACAAAUGGACAAACAUCUCACUGGCAGUGACUGAAGUGGACGUUUUACCAUCAGAACCAGAACCCAAGACCAGAGCUGAGUUCUUAAAAUAUUCACGUGAAAUCACUCUGGAUCCAAACACAGCAAACACACGGCUGUUAUUAUCUGAUGGGAACAGAAAAGUAGAAUAUACUAAACAACAACAGUCUUAUUCUAGUCACACAGACAGAUUCACUAAUUAUCUUCAGGUCCUGAGUAGAGAGAGUCUGACUGGACGUUGUUACUGGGAGGUGGAGUGGAGACGAGAAGUUUAUGUAGCAGUUGCAUACAAGAAUAUCAGCAGAGCAGGAUAUGAAUCUAUAUUUGGACGUAAUGACAAAUCUUGGUCUUUAGUUUGUUACCCUAACGGUUAUGUAUUUUGCUUCAACAACAUCUCAACUACCGUCUCAGGUCCUGGUUCCUCCAGAGUCGGAGUGUACCUGGAUCACAGAGCAGGUAUUCUGUCCUUCUACAGCGUCUCUGAAACCAUGACUCUCCUCCACAGAGUCCAGACCACAUUCACUCAGCCUCUCUAUGCUGGACUUUGGGUUGGUUAUAUAUCCACAGCUGAGUUGUGUAAAGUGAAAUAG